CUGCAGUUUGUGUACAUGUCAAAUCACACGUGACAUUCAUCAUCCAAUCUCCAAUCGACAAGCCAUUCACCCCUUGGCUUCGGCGGGAACAGCCGGAUACAAUACUGACUGCGUGUUAUCACAACAAAACACUCGUCCAAGACAGCUAGCAUGGCUGCUGCGGGGAAACGAAAACGAAUAAGUCAUCUCAAAGCACACACUUCAGAUAACGCUGGGGUUGCUCAGUCUUCGGGUACUCACGAGGCGCACGUGCCCAGGGAUGGAUCUGCUGAGAACUUCGUGGAGGGGUCUAUUCUGCGCAUCACCAUGGAGAACUUUCUAACCUACGAUCAUACGGUUGUGUAUCCUGGACCAAACCUGAACAUGAUUGUGGGUGCCAACGGAACGGGCAAGUCUAGCAUCGUGUGUGCCAUAUGUCUGGGCCUCGCGGGCAAGACGGCCAUUCUGGGCAGAGGAGACAAGGUUGGGCUGUACGUGAAGCGAGGCUGCACUAAAGGAUCCAUCCAGAUUGAGCUGUACAAGGAGGGAGGGAACCUGCUGAUCCAGAGGGAGAUCUUUGUGGAGAACAACCAGUCUGUGUGGAUGCUGCAUGGGAAGCACUCGAGCCAGAAGGCCGUGGAGGAGGAGGUGAAGGCGCUACACAUUCAAGUGGGAAACCUCUGCCAGUUCCUGCCUCAGGAGAAGGUCGGGGAGUUUGCUAAGAUGAGCAACAUCGAGCUGCUGGAGGCUACAGAGAAGUCUGUAGGCCCGCCGGAGAUGUACGAGUUCCACUGUAAACUCAAGUCCUUCCGCACCCGCGAGAGGGAGAUGGAGAACGUGGUGAAGGAGAAGACCAGCUUCCUGGAGAAAGCCCGCCAGAGGAACGAGAGGAACAAACACGACGUGGAACGCUUCUACGAGAAGAAGAGGCACCUGGACAUGAUCAAGAUGCUGGAGAGGAAGAAGCCUUGGGUGGAGUACGAGGAGCUGCGUACAGAGCUGGAGGGGGUGAAGAAGGAGCGCGAGGAUGCCAAGCAGAAGCUGCGGAGCCUGAAGGAGCAGCAGGCUCCCAUGCUGAGGAAGGUCCAGAACAUCGACAGCCGGCUCAAACCCAUCGAGAACCAGAUGAAGGAGAAGACCGCCGGCAUCAGAGACGCGUCUCAGAAGUGUAAAGCAAAGCAGGAUCAGCUGGACUUGAAGCACAAAGAGAUAGAAGAUAUCAAACAGGCCCUGAGCCUGAAGCAGACAGUGGAGGCAGACAGGCAGAAGCGCAUCAACAACACACGGCGCAUGAUCGAGGGCCUGAAGGAGGAGCUAGCGAGCGCGGGGGAGCAGCCGGACGUGGGCCCCCGGCUGGAGGAGGUGAACGCAGAGCUGAGGAGGAUCCAGGAGGAGAGGGCCAAAAUGGAGGGAGAGAAGGCAGACCUGCGUAGGGAGAAGGACAGCCUGAACGGAGAGUAUAGAUUGUUGACGAACAAGCUGCGCACCGUGGAGGACAUGAUGAACAGGAAGGAGGAGAAGCUCCGGGGAAGGUCCAGAGACACCCACACCGCCAUUCAGUGGCUGAGGGAGAACAAGGCUCUCUUCACCGGCAACGUCUAUGAGCCCAUGAUGCUGGUGAUUAAUGUAAGAGACAACCGCUUUGCCAAGUACGUUGAGAACCACAUCUCCUUCAACGACCUGCGAGCUUUUGUCUUCCAGAGGAAGGACGACAUGGAGAGGUUCAUGGAGGAGGUGAGAGACAAGCAGAACCUGAGGGUGAACUCUGUAGCCGCCCCGGACCAGUCUGCAGCGUCUCGGCCGCCCUCACGCCCCAUCGAGUCCCUGAGGCACUUUGGGUUCUUCUCGUACCUACGCGAGCUGUUCGAGGCCCCAGAAGAGGUGAUGAGCUACCUGGUCAACCAGUACCGGGUGCACGACGUUCCCGUGGGAACCGAACAGACCAAAGCCAUGAUUAAAACGGUGAUCGAGGAGCCGUACCUGAAGAUGCUCUACACGGCAGAGGAGAGAUACACGGUGAAGAAGUCCCUGUACUCCAACAAGACCAGCACCAGCAACUCAGCCGUGCGGCCCUCGCAGUACCUCACAAUCGCCGUGGACGCAGAGGAGAAACGCAAGCUGGAGGAGCAGAUCAAGGUGUGUGAGUCCAGCAUGCAGGCCAUCGACGCCCAGAUGAGCGCCAUGCAGAAGCGCGCGGACACGCUGGAUCGCCGUGACAACGAACUGCGGGUGCAGAAGAAGGAGCUGACGGACCUGAAGGGCAAAAAGAGACAGCUGGAGCAGAAGAUCAGCACCAAGCAGGACAGUCUGAGGCAGAUGGAGCAGGGGGGGGUAGAUCUCCAGAAGAUUGAGCAGGAGACCCAGGACAUGAUCUCUGCCGUCAACAAACAGAAGGUUGCCAUAGUGACAGAGUUCAUGACCCACAUGAAGGCGCGGGCAAGGCUGAGCCAGGAGAAGGUGUUCCUGUGCCUGGAGACUGUGGGUCUGAUGGCUGAGAAGACCAAGCUGGAGACCGACUGCAGGGAGGGAUCUGCAGAGCUGCGGGCCAUGGAGCAAGCGUGUGGGCAGUUGGAGCAGAGGAAGGCUCGUCUGUUGGAGCGAUGCAAGGCUCUGAUGAGGAGGGCCAGGGAGAUCUGCAACAUGGACCCUGGUCAGACCGUGGUUCCCCCAGAGCUUCACACGGCCUUCAGCCAGCUGCCCAAGACCCUGGAUGAGAUCGACGCCAUGCUGAAUGAGGAGCGCUCCAGGGCAGACUGCUUCACUGGCCUCAGCGAGAACGUGGUGGAUGAGUACAACAAGAGAGAGCAGGAGAUCAGGACUCUGGAGGCAGAGCUGACCGAGACCAGCAGCUCCCUGGACACCUACAGAAAGACCAUCUCAGAGGCGAAGGAGCGCUGGCUGAACCCUCUGAAGCAGCUGGUGGAGCAGAUCAACGAGAGGUUCAGUGAUUUCUUCCGUUCCAUGCAGUGUGCUGGGGAGGUGGACCUGCACUCUGAGAACGAGGAGGAGUAUGAUAAGUACGGGAUCCGUAUCAGGGUGAAGUUCCGCAGCAGGACCCAGUUGCAUGAGCUGACUGCCCACCACCAGAGCGGAGGAGAGCGCAGCGUGGCCACCAUGCUGUACCUCAUGGCUCUGCAGGACCUCAACCGCUGCCCCUUCAGGGUGGUGGACGAGAUCAACCAGGGUAUGGAUCCUGUGAACGAGAGGAGAGUGUUUGAUAUUGUGGUGCGGACGGCAUGCAGAGGAACCACCUCACAGUACUUCUUUAUCACGCCAAAGCUCCUCCAGAACUUGAAGUAUGCAGAUGAGAUGACCAUCCUGACCGUGUACAACGGCCCUCGGAUGCUCCCUCCUAACAAAUACGACCACAGAGCCUUCAUCAGACGGGCGCUCCGCCGCAAACAGUCCAACGCCUGACCCCUAACCCCUGACCCUCCAGACCGCCACAACAGUGGCAGCAGAUCUGCCUCCUAUUCUGCACACUCUCCAAUGAGACCACAGUCGAACUUCCUCAAACAGUUCAGACACAAGAAGUGACAGUUGGUACAAAAUCUUUCCGUCUUUAUGGAGUUACAGUUGUUUAUCCUUUUCUGUUAGCUUUUUGUUUCUUUUACAUAAUUUGAAUUCUGCUCAAAUUAAAAUUUGAAUAUAGUGUUUUGUUAUUAAAAAAGGGCACCUCAAUUUGCUCUAGUUUUCUAUGUGCACUUUAAAAUAAACGAUUGUCAUUUGUUUUGGACCUCAAAUAUGUUUAUUGUAAGUUUCGUUCAAUUUGAUGUUCUCAUAAAUUUGAGUACAUUUCAGGAACAUUUCAGGAACAUGUCUCAAAUGCCUCCCGAAUCCGUAUCUCUGUGUCCCCACGAUUACCAACAGUCUUGAGAUAAACAAUCAGGCGGAGACACCGACACGAAGUACAGUACCCUAUUGGGCAAUACAAACAACCUAUUACCCAAGCAGCUUAGUGAAAUGACUUACUGCUGUUUUGGUGCAUCGUGUCCCUUCUCCGAAAGUAAACAUGGUGGCAGGUGACAAAAGAUAAAAGUUACGAGUUGGCAAUUCAAAUUCGUUGAUUUCCAAAUAAUGCAUGUGCAUCUUAUCCCUCACGAUCUGUGGACCAGUCGGU